GGCAUCAAACCUCAGGAGUUUUUCUUUCACUGCAUGGCCGGCAGAGAAGGCCUCGUCGACACGGCUGUGAAAACCUCCAGAUCUGGAUAUCUGCAAAGAUGUAUCAUAAAGCACCUGGAGGGUCUGGUUGUGCAGUACGAUCUGACUGUGAGGGACAGCGAUGGAUCAGUGGUUCAGUUCCUGUACGGUGAAGAUGGCCUGGACAUUCCCAAAACUCCCUUCCUGCAGCCGAGACAGUUUCCCUUCAUAGAGGACAACUUCGAGGUCAUCAGGAGGUCCCAGAGUUUGGACAGCGUUUUGGCUCGGCUGGACGCUCAGACGGCCGGUCAACACUUUGACGCCAUCCAACGCUGGAAAGCGAAGAGAGAGAUGCUAGAUCCUCGAAGAGGAGCGUUCCUACUGUUUUCCAAGAAAAAGCUGGGGAAGCUAAAAGACUCCACUGAAGGGGCGGAGCCUGUUUCCAGCAGAAAUCCUGCUGUUCUGCAGCUGGUUGGCCAGUGGCAUUCUCUGGAUGAAGCGGGCAGAGCAAAGUACCUGAAGAAGGCGUCCCGCUGCCCGGAGCCCUCCCUGAACCUGUUUAGACCCGAUGUGUGCCUGGGAUCGGUGUCUGAAAACUUUCAUGGCAUCACAGAGAAAUACCUGCAGAACAGGAACAGUGCACACUCUGUAGACACCCACAG